CGUGUUUUCGUUUCUGGAACAAUUUUUGUCUGCGUCUCUUAUAUUUUAGAACUAUCAACGUCUCCUAGAUCGGUGAGCAAAAAGUAUUGUCAAUUUACGCGCCCGUAAAAUAACAAUGCAGAUUCGCAAUUCCAUUAUGGUAAACAUAAGAUCAAGGAAGUACGGCAAAGUGUUCCGUUAGAAAUAACGUAGACUGCCUAUCUAUCUGAUUAAAAUUCAAGUUUCCAACCUUUGCUACCAUUAAUUUCUGAGCACAGGGAACUAUUUCCCAAUUGAUAAGAACAGUUACGAAUCACAAAAACAUUAUUUUCAAAACAACCUUAUCAAUGGCAAUGAGUAUAAAAUUUGAAUGGUUUGAUCAAAAAUCUAUCCCGUCCAGCUCGACAUGUUCCUGAACAACCGACCAAUUCUCGUUCUACUCAUUUUCCUGGCUGCAAGCCCAAUCGACGUGGUCACGAAGGUACUGUACUCGGACUCUGAUAUCUUUGCAGCGGACCCGGAUGGCUACCCCGACGUUGAGCAUGGAUCAAUUGAUCGUUUGGAACUUGGCUUCAAUCCGUUGAACCUUCUCUGUCCGGUUUGUGCACUUGUUCAAGGUCUGCUCGGUGGUGUGCUAGGUAUUUUUGGUGGAUUAUUGGGGCGAGGGCUCAUCAAACAACUUGGCAUCAUGUUGUGUUCAACUGCUGUGGGAGCUUUGAUUAAGGUUAUCGUUCUGCCAAAUGCUCUUUGUGCAUUGGUUGUUGAGCUCGUCUUCAUGAUUGGAAAGAAAGCUGGCACCGGACUGUGCCCAAUCCUCAUGCUCUGCCCAAUGCCAAAAAAUAAGGAUAAGAAAACUGACAAACCGACAAAAAAGACAAUUUCAUCAGCUGAAGACGACUAUGAGGACCGAAUUUUGGCGAUUAUUGAGAACCCGGAUACGGCGAAUUUGAAGCCAGAAAUGGAACAACUGUACAGAGAUUUAGUUGAGAGGCUUCCAAUUGAAUCGUUUAAAAUGGCUGGUGUGGAUGAGCACGCUCUUCAUAUUACUCGAAACUUCGUCGCCGCUCUCCAAUAUCACAUUGCAAACCGCAACGAAUACCUGGCAGCAAUUUCCGAAAAAAUCGAAUAAUAAUUUUUUUUUCUUCCGUAAUUCUACCCUGGCUGAGCCAAAAUGAGCUAACUCCUACAUUUCAGCGAAUAAAAGACAAAAAAAA